GACACGGACGAUCAAGUGCCGUGAGAGGGUGGUCUUGAAGUAGGCGGAGCUUCUUUUCUUUUAUUCCUCUUUCUUCUUUCUUCUUGAUAGGUCACCGCCCAGCAACAGUGCUGUGUGCUCCUCUCGCGCGACCCCUAAUCGUUGGAUUCUUGCUGCUACAUCCAUCCGGGGAGCGAUCCAGGCGCGGCAAUGAAGGUCGAGCCGGAUGCUUGCGCCAAGUCCAUCGCCAGAGUCUGGAAGCCGAGAACGGUCUUGGUCACUGUUUCCUUCGUCAUGAUCACACUCUUUCUCUGUAGUUUGCUCGUCAGCGACCAAUACACCAACAUCAAUGGCAUUUGGGAUGGCUCCACGCUCAUGUUUGUCUCCAGCUCGAUCGCAUGCCGAAGCAAGAGAUGUCCGCGAGGGAGCGAGGCGCUACCACGCGGAAUUGUAGAGGCAGCGUCGGACAUGGAACUAAAACCACUGUGGAGAUCGUCCAAGAAAAAGGCCUUGCAAAAAAGCUUGUUAGCAAUCGCAGCUGGAAUCCAGCAGAAACGAGGCGUGGAUCAAAUCGUUCGAAAAUUUCCGGUGACGAACUUCACGAUAAUGCUGUUCCAUUACGACGGUGUCGUAGAUCGUUGGAGCGAUCUUCCCUGGUUCGGCAGUGCCAUCCAUAUUGUGGCCAUCAACCAGACAAAGUGGUGGUUUGCCAAACGGUUCAUGCAUCCAGAUGUUGUUUCGGCGUACGAGUUUAUUUUUGUGUGGGAUGAAGACCUUGGAGUGGAUCACUUCCGAGCAGACAGAUACCUCGAAAUCGUGAGGAAAGAAGGGCUGCAGAUAUCGCAACCGGCCUUGGAUCCAUCCCUUUCGUCCGAAGUCCAUCAUCGAAUCACUAUCCGGAACAAGAAGACGAGGGUCCACCGGAGGAUCUACAUGAAUCGAGGAAGAGAGUAUUGUGGCAACAACAGUACACAACCUCCAUGUACAGGGUGGGUGGAGAUGAUGGCUCCCGUGUUUAGUCGUUCUGCAUGGCGAUGUGCCUGGCAUCUCAUUCAGAACGACCUCGUUCAUGGAUGGGGCAUGGAUAUGAAGCUCGGCUACUGUGCGGAGGGCGAUCCAACUAGGAAUGUUGGCGUUGUCGACACUCAGUAUCUCAUACACCGCGGCAUUCCAUCGCUCGGUGGUGGAGUCAUCCCCAUAAACAAGAACUCCGCCGACGACCAUACUCCUCCGCCGGCUGCUGGGUCGGGAGUUGACGCAAGAAAGGAGAUAAGAAGGCGUGCCCAGGCUGAAAUGAGGCUGUUCAAGAAGAGGUGGACGGCAGCUGUGAAGGACGACAAAUGCUGGAUCGAUCCAUACGACCGGCGGUCACGGAGGCAAUAGCAAUGAUCCUAGUGCGCCAUGCUCACCAAGGAAAGAAAGGUAAAUACAAAUGCUUUUUGGGAGGGAGCUUGUCUCACGGACCGAAUCGACGAGUGUCGUAGUCCGUCCGGCCUCACGCGCCGGGGGCUGCCUGUGCUUGCUCAGUCUCCUCCGUCCGUCCGGUACUUAUCGGUCGAGCCAUACGGCGUCCUGACGGUACCACCACCUCUGUCAUAACACCAGGUCGCGUGCAAUACGCUUUGAUCGUUUUUGGUGGUUUGUUUGUACGCGUAGCUUAUGUAUAGCUCACUUGCUUGGAUCUUGCAGCCAUCGAUCUCUCUCGAUCCAUUCAUCCAUCCAUCCACUCAUCCAUGCAUCCAUCUCGAUCGAUCCAUUUCCACUUUCAAGUUUAAAGAAUAAGUUAGCUAGCCUAGCUAGCUAGCCAGUGGCCAACACACCACGCUUGAGUUCUUGCGGGUCAUCAUAUCAUUCCUUCUCGGCUACUUGGUUGCGGUACAGUUUCUAAGAGCUCCCUCCAUCCAUCCAUGAUCCAUCCUUGGCACUGGCCUCAAGGGCCAGAAUAUUCUAUGUACCUUGCUGGGUUCUAGAAAAAAAUUUAUAAAGUGAA